CUGAUUUUCCUGGGCGUCGAGUUGUAACGCCCAGUAAAGUGUCUCUGUGCUUCUCCGGGCGGCUCCUGGGGUUUCGGGAUCGCAGGCGAGACUAGCCCCGAGAGCCUGACUCCUUCCCGGAGUAAAGCACCUGCGGCGCCUGAUGGGGCUGCUGCCCUGGGCCUCCCCAGCAGAGUUCCAGGGUCUGCGGUUGUCCCCAAAGGCCAAAGUGCUGGAUGGGACCUGACACUGCUUCGCCCAGGUCUCACACCUGCAUUGGAAUUGGGGCAGGGUCAUGCAAGGAUGUCUGGCGCUCCUCCAAGUUACUGUUUUGUGGCGUUGCCACCUCGAGCCAAGGAUGGCUUGGUGGUGUUUGGGAAAAAUUCAGCACGGCCUAGAGAUGAAGUGCAGGAGGUGGUGUAUUUCCCGGCUGUCGAUCAUGAAGCGGAGAGCAAAGUUGAGUGCACUUACAUCUCUAUUGACCAAGUGCCCAGGACCCACGCCAUAGUGAUAAGCAGACCUGCCUGGCUCUGGGGGGCAGAAAUGGGAGCCAAUGAACAUGGGGUGUGCAUAGCCAAUGAAGCCAUCAAUGCCAGAGAACCAGCUGCUGAGACAGAAGCCUUACUGGGGAUGGAUCUGGUCAGGCUUGGCUUAGAACGAGGCACGACGGCUAAAGAAGCCUUAGACAUCAUCGUCUCCUUGUUGGACGAGCACGGACAGGGUGGGAAUUAUUACGAAGAUGCGCACUCCUGCCACAGCUUCCAGAGCGCAUAUCUGCUGGUGGAUCGUGACGAAGCCUGGGUGCUGGAGACCGUCGGGAAGUACUGGGCUGCUGAGAGAAUCACAGAGGGAGUGAGGUGCAUUUGCAAUCAGCUUUCACUCACCACGAAGAUGGACGAGGAGCACCCAGAACUCAGGACUUACGCUCAGAGUCAAGGCUGGUGGACGGGAGAGGAUGAAUUCAAUUUUGCCCAGGUUUUUUCUCCAGCUGAUGACCACCUGGACUGCUGUGCAGGCAAAGACAGCUUAGAAAAGCAAGAGGAAAGCAUCACCGUGCAGACGAUGAUCAACAUCUUACGAGACAAAGCCAGUGGAGUCUGCAUAGACUCGGAAUCAUUCCUCACUACAGCCAGCAUAGUGUCUGUCCUGCCUCAGAACAGAAGUUCACCGUGCAUCCACUACUUCACCGGGACCCCGGAUCCUUCCAGGUCCAUAUUCAAGCCAUUCAUCUUUGUUGAUGACGUAAAACUUGUCCCCAAAGCCCAGUCGCCCUGUUUUGGUGACGAUGACCCAGCCAAAAAGGAACCUCGGUUCCAGGAGAAGCCAGACCGCCGGCAUGAGCUGUACAAGGCCCACGAGUGGGCACGCGCGGUCAUCGAGAGUGACCAGGAGCAAGGCCGCAUGCUGAGGAAGACCAUGCUGGAGUUGGAGAAGCAAGGCUUGGAAGCCAUGGAGGAGAUCCUGAGCAGCCCCGAGCCCCCCGACCCUGCCGAGGUGGGAGACCUUUUCUAUGACUGUGUGGACACCGAGAUGAAGUUCUUCAAGUGAUGUAAGCACGCUCGCCCUUACUUACAACUUCCCACCCGACUAAAUUACCAGCAGAGAAACGCUCUUCUGUUUGAGUAAAAUGAGACUGACCAUGUGGCCUCCUUGUGUCUAAAUGUUCCCUCUGUUCAGCUUAGCAACCCCCCUUUCACCGUGUAACUCCAUCCCACAUGCCUCUUGCUCCAUUGUGUGAUAAGCUGUGGACUUGAAGAUGUUCUUGUAUUUCAGUGACAAUGGGCACCUUAGAAGAACGAGAGUUCCCUCAGCCUCGGACGGGGAAGCAGGGCCACACUGGUGGGAAAGGCAAGAGCUGUGAAGGUCCUGGUCCCUCUCUAGCUAGGGGUUUCUUCAAGGUUAACAAAAGACUUUUGUUCACACUGAAGGCUCUAAUGUGUGUAGAUGGGGGGGGACCCCAGCUUUUCUCCACAAAGCCCAGGCUUAUGUGUGGCUCACAGUCCCCGCAGGUAUGUCUUGGGAAAUAAAGCCAGUGGGAAUGAACAGAGGACCCCUGAGUACAGUUCCGGCUCUGUCUCAGUGUUUGUGACUCUCUGAAAGACAUGUCUUCUGUGAGCUGUGCCCAUGCGCAGUGGACUAGGCCUGCUACCACGUGCAGGAGAGCUGGGCGUCCAUGUUAGCUGGACCUCCCCAUCCAGCAGCGCACCCACCUGCGGACGUGGCCCUGUGUAGAGAUGACUUGCAAUUUGAUGGUCAGCAACUUAUGUAAGACUCGUGAAAUGGCCUUGGCAGACUUCAUACAACUGCAAAUCUCAGCCAAUGAGGACAAGAAAGAGAUGACCCUCUUGACUGCUGAAAACACCUAGAGUCCGGGUAGCCACCAUCUCAGCAGACACACUGGAAUGAAACUCAUUCCUUUCCAGCGCCAUCAUGUUGCAAAAAGGAUUUGACUUUACAGGUGCCUGUGAGGAAGACAGGGCAGGCUGAGGACAGAUGCUGUGCCCACUGCCUGGUUAACUGGAUCCCACAAGUCAGUGUUGCAGGGCACCUGACCUCCAGGGUCACCCCCCCCCCAACCACUUAGUUCUCAUACCCCAUUGCCCAGCGGCUGCCUUUGGACUGGUGUCUAGAAUGGGAAAGAGGAUGUGGGUACUUAUCCACGGCCACUCGCCACUACUCCUGAAGGGGUCAAGGGGGUAAAGAUGACAGACAGAAGUGUAGAUAAGAGGAACACCUAGUGGGGUGGGAGUGUGCUGUGGGGUCCAGUUAUAUGUCAUCAUUCUUGGCAGGGCUGAGCAAACAGAAACCGUCCAUCAGUGGUCCCAGGCAUGUCUUAGUGUCCCCCAAAUCGUUCUUGGUUGCAGUAUCAUGGGCUGUGAUAACUGGCAGGGACCUGAGCUCUCAUUUCACAAUGUGAUGCAGGCCAGAGGUUUUAUUGGGACCAAUCUGGCUUUUCUUUCCACCCUCCUUUAGCCGGGGGUGUGUGUGUGUGCUGUGAGCCCUUUUCUCGACUGUCUUGUGAGUUCUGUGUGUAAACAAAGGGCAAAAUAUAAGAGAAGGGACAAGUUCGUGACGGCCAAAUGGUGGCUUGCAGUUGCUAGGAGCUAUGGGCAGGCUGAGCCUGGCAUCUAACGCGCAUGAACAGAGGGCACAGGUGGAGCAGCUAAGCUGAAGAUGCCUGCAGGUGCAAAGGAAAGAAGGGCGAUGUUGAGGGGAAAAGAGCUGCGCGCGCAACCCCACCUGCUGAGCUUUUAAAGCAAGGUGAUGCAGGAAGCCAUCCUGUGAAUUCUCUGUGUGGUCUCACCUCCACCUGUGAGGCCAGCCAGUUUGUCAGAUCUGACCUGCCUGAGAAAGCCAAGGUGAUUCAGGGUUCGAUCGGAAGUCCAGUGAAAGUAAGUGACAUGGCGACCUUCUUUAAUUACUCUGGCCAAGGCUGUAGAUGGCUGCGCCAACCUGAUGCCAUUACUCAGGAGGGCACUGGAAAACACAGUGGCUAUUUCUAUGAUUGGAUACUGGAUCAUUGUACAUCUCAACCAUGUCGUCCUCUUACCACUAGAGGGCGCAGGAGCCCUCCCUGGGCAACCUGGCAGACUUUGAGGGACCUGGUUUUUCCCCUCAGGCAGUGUGUAGGAGCUGGGAAUAGUAGCUUUUCUCACAGCGAGGGGUGGGAACAGAGGCGAGGACAGUAUGGAAUCAGGGAGAGGUGCCUGCAUGUGACUUUAUCUAAAUUAACAGCAGAGAUGAUACUGGAGUUUGAGUAGGCAGAUGUAGAAGAAUAUUCAUUUUCAAAUGCUCCUAACAGAGUUCUCUUUAAAGAAAUGCUUCUUAGGUGGGUAAUUUCCUAAGCAGGGGUUGGUUUUCUGGAAAACAUGGAGAAGAUGGAUGUUCAGGAUGAAAUUCAAAUGGAAUGUUUAGGAUCAUGCUGUAAAUAACUUCCCAGAAGACCACCUGGUAUCUAUUAAGCCUCAAACAUGAAGGAUCCUGAGCACACUUUGUGCAGACUGCCUGCCCCCACCUGCCCCACAGAACCUAACACGAGCUAGCUAGUCUUGUGUGAGUGAGAUUUCCACUAAGUGAAAACAGCAUCGUAGCUGGGGGCAGACACUAGAGUGGACGUAAGUUAGCAUAAGUAGGAAAUGGUCUUUUAUCAUUCUUGGGGGUGUCUGGAAGCUGUGGUAGAGUAAGGACCCGAUAAAAACUGUGGAGUCUCAGCCCGACAUACAAUUCAGUGUUUGUAGGCAUCAACCUCACAAGCUACUUUAGCAGACGAAUGUCUAGUGGAGUUCAGUGCUAACAUUCCAUCACUACCAGGCGAAUCAGCAGCUAUAAAAAAAUAAUUGUCAGCCACAAAAAAAGUCAUCCCACAUUGAUACAGGUGAUACCACUUCUGGCAGGCCCACAGGGCAGCCAGGUGUGCAUGCCUUGAAAUCACUGGCUACAUUCUUUCAUUGCAAAGGUCUGCAGCUGAGAGCUCAGCUUUGGGAGAAAACGGGGAACAAGGGGAAGGACCAUGGACGGAGAGGACCGGCAGGUGCAGGGCCAGCAUCCCAGCUCUGCUGUGCCUCCCUUAGAUGUGGGGUUUCAUCCCACAUGGUGCGGAGUCCCGGCUCCUGUUCCGUGAUGCAUGUCCAGAUGUGUUUUAUCCGACUGAAGCCAACUAUCCUGAACUACUGCACACAGAAUUCUUGCAGGAAUUAAUAAGUACGUGUCUUUAAUCAUAUUGUGAGAAGUGAAAUGCCAUAGUUGGAGCAGUGUAACAGAGAAUCUUUGUUUCCUGUAGUGGGGAACUGACGGUGUGGUCUUAACAGCCUUUUGUACAAAUAGCUACAAGUCAGACAAUGUCCCUAUCCAGUGCUUGCCCCCGGAGUGUCUUUAAACGCACCCAAUGUACAAUAAAAAUAUCGAAGUUAA